AUGCAGGUGUCGCUGCAUAACAAGGUGAAGACGUAUAACCUCACCGCGGGCAAGUCGCUGCCGGAGUGGAUUAGCGAGCGGAAGAAAAACAAGCGCCUUGCAGGCGGGGAGCACCGCAUUGAACUCAUCCACGACCUCGAGUUCCCGCAUUUUGCCCGCACCAUAUUCCGCACCGCCAACGGGACGCACUUGUUCGCCGCCGGUGAUUACCCUCCGCGGAUAAAGUGCUUUGACGUGAACCAGCUCAGCAUGAAGUAUAGCUUCAACGCCGACAUGCCCAUUCUCGGCGGCGUUGCACUCUCGCCCGACUUCCGCAAGUUCGCGCUGCGAGGUGAGGGGCGCCAAAUUACUGUGCACCACUCAGCGUCUAUUAUUGACCGUGUCAGAGUCCCGCACACGAUGCGAUCGCUUGCCUACCACCCGUACUGUGCCGAGCUUCUUUCAAGCGGCACCUCGCACGAGAUAUUCCGCCUGAGCCUUGAGACGGGUGCCUUUGUAGAGAGCUACAAGACUCAGUCCGCCGACGGUGUCAAUCAUGUGGAGGUGUUUAAGAAUCAUGGGCUUAUUAUGUGUGCCGGCGCCGAUGGUGUGGUGGAGGCGUGGGACAGUCGCGCAGGUUCGUGUGCGGCACGCCUCACGGUUGCCGGCUCCGGUGCCGCCUCUGGCAUCGAUGAGUGCUGCGAGCUGCGCCACAUAGCGACCGACGACGAGAGUGGGCUGCUGUUUAGCUGCGGCACGGAGUCUGGGCAUGUCCUCUUGUAUGACCUGCGGCUGCACAAGCCACUCAUUGUCAAGGACCACAUGAACUCCUUGCCCAUUGUGAAGACGUACUUCUUCCAGGGCCGCAGCACCUCAACCGGCGAGGCCUCGCACGUCCUCUCCGCGGACACCCGCUCGCUGAAGGUGUGGAACAAAAAAGACGGCAGCAACUUCACGAGCAUCGAGGCGCCCGCCGACAUUACAGAUUUCUGUGUGCUGCGUAGCCAACAUAACAUGACAGAGCCGUACGAGUGUAGCGACAGCGGCGUGAUUUGCAUCUGCUGCGAUGCCCCGCGUGUGCAGGUGCAUUUUAUCCCGCAACUCGGCGUCGCCCCGCAGUGGGCCUCGUUCCUCGAGAUCCUCACAGAGGAGCUGGAGGAGAAGGAGAUGACCACCGUGUACGACGACUACACCUUUGUCUCAAAAAGCGAGAUGGAUGCACUUGGGAUGACCGCCGAGGAUCUCGCAGGCGGGAAGGUGCGGCCUGUGAUGCAUGGCGCCUUCAUUGAGAAUCGCCUGUACCGCGAGUUGAAGGCCGUCGUUGACCCCGGCGAAUUUAACCGCUACGUGCAGGAGAACGCGCGCCGCAAGAAGGAGCAGCGGUGGGAGAACCGCAUCAGCAAAUUCAAGCGCGUCGCGGACGACGAAGCCGCCGCCGCCGAUGGGGAGGCGCAGGCGGCCCACGACGCCGACGCGGCCGGCGUGGGCGCGAAGGGGCAGGCGCUGGCGGCCGCAAAGGCGGACCCGCGGUUUCAGAAGGCGUUUGCGGGCAAUAGCGCCUCCUCCUUCGCCCUCGACCCGUCCAACCCGGAGUACGCGAAACUGCUGCAGGUCAUCAACGAGCGCCGCGCACAGGCGAGCCGGCGCCGCCAGCGCUACGAGUCGGAGCUCUUCACCAUCGUCCCCGACGCGGAGGGGCAGCAGCGGGGCGGCGACAACGACGACGAGGACGACGGGGACGAGGACGAGGAGGUGGACGCGCGACGGCAGCUAAAGGGCGUGCAGAGCAGCGGCAAGCAGCAGCGAGGGCGCCAGCGGCAGCGCACGCAGGCAGAUGCGGCGAGCGGCAGCGGCGGCAAGCAGCAGGCGGAGCCCCAGCGGCAGGUGACGCUCUACGAGGUCAAGAAGGGGAGCCGGGUGUCGUUCACAAGCAACGACAAGGCCAUCCACGCCUCCCGCAAGCGGCAGCGUCUGGAGAAGCUGCCGCUGGAGGAGCGGCUGCGACGAAUGUCCGCCGUGCGGUAG